GUGUUUAUAAAUGAAAUUCGUUGUGUGUUUAUUUACGUUUUUCAUAGAUUUAAAGGCUGUUGGUCCUAUAGAUUUAUACAUUGUGCAUUUUAUUUUUAUUUUAUAAUCGGGUUGUCUUAGCUAGCUUGGUACCUCCCACGCCCACCUGCACAGGAGCAAUUUUUCUUCACAGGAAAUUGAACCUGAGAGUUUAUGGUUCUCAAACCACCACUCGGCCAUACGUCUUUGCAAUUUUUCCAGAGGAUUGUUGGAUUAUAUCUUUUAGCUAGAGAACAUGCUGAUAGAAUUUGGUUUUAGAAUUGAGAAGAAUUUUUUUUGGAUAUUAAGGCUGCUGGUCCUAUAGAUUUAAGGCUAGAUUGGGCUUGUCUUGGUUAAUCCCACGACCACCUGCUACCUCCCACUAAAGUAGGUAUCGGGUAGCUCUAUCCAUUCGAGGCUUGGACAAAUGUGAAGAAAUCACCAUAUUUCUUUUUUUUUUUUUUUGAGAAAGAUAACGUUAAUUCUAUAUAUCCACAGGUAUACUACACCAAAAAGUGUAGUUCCCCUGCAAAAAGUAUUACAACUUACAUCUUGUGGUUCAAUUUGUCCUUACAAAAAGUCUGAAACGUCAAAAAUGUCUUCUGUUUGAGCUAGUAAUUUUUGCUCACGCCAAAAGUGAAAAAGGCCUAAGCAAAUCGUCUUAAGAUUCUGUAAGUUGCUUUGUACUCUUUUUUUUUUAGAAAGUUAACAUUAAGCUGCUUUGUACUCUUUCAAAACACCUCCUAUUCUUCUUAGACCAAACUGACCACCAAAUACAAGCCAGGACAAUCUUCCAUCUCUCCUCCUUACUUACCGUGCCAUCCUUGUUCCCAGCAUCUUAGCACCUGCUAUGCUUCCAGGCUUCACCCAUCUAGAGGCUAAUUGAUGACCCCUUUUACUUGGGUUUUCCUGUGUCAAGAUUACCUCUUUACCCAAAAGCCAGGGGCACAGUUAACUUUGUAAGGGAUCUUCGGCUUCCAUAUCAUCUUCCAAGGCCAAUCUCUUUCCUUCACCACUGUUGAAUUCAGCUCCUUGUAAGCUGAGUUGAUAGAGAACUUUCCAUUCCUGUCUUUGUUCCAUUCCAAUCUGUCUUCUCCUCCAUUGAGGUUAUUAAAACCUGCUACUGAAUUGUAAAAUUUUGCAAUUCUUUUCAUCUCCCAGUCAUUUAAAUGUCUCCUUAGGAAUAAAUUCCACCCUUCCACAUCAUGGCAACUGUGGCAUGUUGCUGUUGACUUAAUGCGAAGAGUUCUGGAUGUUGUUGUUUCAUAGUUCCUUGCCCUGUCCAUUUGUCAAGCCAAAAGGAUGUUCGCUGUCCAUCCCCAAUCUUCACCUUUGCUCUGAUCUACAUCAAUGGCCAUAGGUUCCCGAUAGGUCUCCAGACUGAGUUUCUUCAUUUGGAAUUGAGCAUGAGACCUUAUGGUUCUCUACAACCCACUUCAUUGACCACUUGGCCAUCCCUUGGGUGCUUAUACAAUGUGCCAUUUUUCUAGAGGAUUGUUGGAUUAUUUCUUUUUGCUAAAGAACAUGGUGAUAGCUAAAGUUACCAGUUCCAAAAAAAAAAAGGACCAUGGUGAUAGAAUUUGAUUUUAUAAUUGAGAAGAAUUUUUUUUGGGUAGUAGAUGUACUACAUGUAAUGGGACUUCGAUAAAAUCAUCUGUUCACUGGUAAAAUUCUUGUAGUUAAUGGAAGCUCAAAACGAUGCUUAUGUCCAUAUUUUAAUCAGCUUUAAGAUUGAUUCAGCUCGAGGGAAUUGGUAACUGAUAACUCACUAGGUGUAAAUUUAGAAAUUCCAUAGUAUAUAUCUUGAUAGGAAAAUCCAACAGACUAUAUUUUGCAAAAAAGUGAAUAUUGCAUCGUAGAGGUUUUCACAACUUGUGGCCCAUCUAUGGUGAAGAAAUUUGUUCAUUUCCCCUCUGUGGUCUAAAAAUUAGUGCACUACCCAUUGCGUUAACUCAUGCUUACAAUGUUUGGUGGUCCUUCUGAAUAGUGGUUAAAAAUGCAGAUUGUCCCUUGUAAUUUCUAUGCACUAGUGUUAUUAAGAACUAUUACUCUGUUGUUUAGUGAGAGUGAGUGGUGGUGCUAUAUGAAAAGGGGGUCAUCUGAGCUGUGAGGUACAAAGUUCCUAGCUAUAGGGAGCUAAUCUGAUAGUUGCUAAAUCUCAUGGGGAGGUUUUCAAAAAUGGAAGCAGCAGCUGUUUCAGUUGUAGACAAGUUAAAGUCCUUUGCAAAAUCUACGCAGGAUUUCGCUUCCGUCGUGUUCCGCAACCGCAAAGUUUCCAAUCGCCGCAAUCCGCAACAGCCUGUAUGAUGGUGCUUUACAACUUUUCCAAUAAUAUCAUUUACAGAAUGAGAACUUGAAGAGAUUGCAGCAAGAAUCUUUUUCAGAUAUUAUGAAGCUAAGAGACAGACAAGAGAAGUUGGAGCGAGUGCUUGCAUUCUUUAAAUCUUCUAAAGGAAGUCCAGUCCAAGAAACUAGCACUCACGUAAGAGGAGAAUUUGAUGCUGUGGGUGCACUGUUGAUGAUCGGUAGCAUUGAUGUAUCCAAGUGCAAUGCAAUUGAAAGAGCAAUUAGGACUGGUAUUGAUUCUAGGCUGACUUUUGAAACAACUAUCCGUGAAAAGGAUACACUUGUAGCAGAGUUUAUUGGCAGCGAAAGAGGCCAAAUGAAUAUCCUGGGUAGUCCACUUUCCUUAGCAAAAGUUCUUUAUGCAGCAAAUAUCAGUGAUUGGUGUUCUGCAGUUGCCAUUCCAGUCGGUGGUCGAUGCAGAGAUGUUGCAGUACCUACAAGUUCACGUGAGGAAAGGGGGCUGACUGACUAUUCAUCUUUUGGGCCGCCCCUGCUGAAUCAACUAAAUGGUAGUGGAAUCUCUGUGAUGGUUAAAAAAUCAAAUAUUGUUGCCUGCUUGGCUCAGUUUGUCUCUGCAUUGCCUCACUCUGGUAGUCUUUUGUUUUGUUUGGGCACUUUUGGUCAAGUUGUUUGCCAACUUUCAAGCAAUACAAAACUAUCAAUCUUGGGCAUACACAAAAUGGGCAAUCUGUCAAGGCAACAGCCUAGACUCGCAGCUAUGUCGUUGCCUUUUAGUUUUUUACAACGGUCAGGGCAUCCUCACGCGUCCUUUGUGGAAAACAGCCUCUUAGAUGGGUAUCUUGCCAUGACCCUAGAGUCAGAACUUUAUGAAAGUACAAAAAUUGGUGGCUGGGUAGAGAUGAAAAGAUCAAAUCCCAAACAUUUGCAGUGGGCAGUUACCAUGUCUGAUACCUCUGAGGAUGAUUUUGGAUGGGGUUUGAGCCUUGGUGGUUUGGUACAAGGUCGAAGAAAUUAUGACCGUUUUCAAGUUGAAUGCUUUCUCAAUUUCAACGUAGGAAAAAAGUGCAAGUUGCAACCAGGUCUUCUCUAUGUGAUUGAUGGAGCCACUCAGUUUCCUGCAUUGAUCCUCCGCACUAGUUGGUCCUUGUGAAGUGUGCAAGCUAGCUCAGACACCACGGCUGGACAUAAAAAAAACACUCCCGUGAACAAUCUCACUCUCCCCUUAUAAUAGAAAUACCCUUUAGCAACUCCCACACAAAAUAGAAAGGAAGAGAAACAUUUUGUAUACUCCAACAGUAUUCACUUUAGUAACAAAUUUUAGUCCAAGCAGUUAAUAGGACCUUAUGAUUUGUUCUCUCCUAUAUAAACUGCUUGGCCAAGCAUUUAGAAAAAUAUUUUUGUGGUCAAAGUGAAGUUUCCGAAAAAUGUAUUUUGCGAGCAUAGCAGGUUAUGAUUGGCUAAAUGAUUUGAGAAACACUAUUGUU